UAUUGGUGUGUUAUAAACAUGGAGGCGGAUCUUGCCCGAGCACCUCUGGUCAAAAACAAGUACCGUGUACUGUACCAACUGGAGGACGAGCUGAGUUGUUUUUAAAAAUACUACUCAUUUACUAUUAUUUAAAAAUGAGGAGAAUUACUGCUGCAAAUGGACGGGUUUAGAUAGCAUUCAGGGCACUCUAUGUUGAUCCGAGUCAGUAGGAGGUGAUGAAUCCCCCAGCUGAGAUGUCCCCUCCCACCGCCCCUGUCGCCACAGAGACACGGAGCAUGACCUCUGACCCGUCCCACCUCGGAACUCUGGGAAGUAAUGUCCGCCUGAAGGCAGCCACACCUAACAGCACAGGUUGUACCUGGCUGGUUGUCCUAGCAGCAAUAGCUGCAUCUCUCAGUGGCUUGAUGUUGGGCUAUGAAUUAGGCCUGACCUCCGGGGUCCUGCUCCAGCUAAGGGGUAUCCUCUCUCUGUCAUGCCGGGAACAGGAGCUCCUGGUGGGGUCUCUGCUGCUGGGCUGUCUGGUGAUCUCCAUUGUUGGAGGCUGGGGCCUGGACCGCUACGGACGCCGCUGGUCCAUGCUUCUGUCCGGAGGCCUGGUGGCUGGGGGUACCAUGCUACUACUGCUCCCGGCCUCGCUCACCACGCUGUCGCUCGGCCGCGCCGUGGUUGGCAUGGGGACAGCGCUGUCGGGUACGGCGGCGUGCAUGUACAUAGCGGAGAUUGCGCCACGGGAGCGCCGUGGGUUGUUAGUGACACUGUACGAGCUGAUGGUGGUUGUCGGGGUAUUGCUAGGUUUCGGGUGUAGCUACGCAUUCUCUGCGCUGCCUAAUGGGUGGAGAUACACCUUCGGUCUUGUCCUCCCGCCGGCCGUUCUACAGGCCGCUGCCCUCGUCCUCCUCCCACCCAGCCCGCGCUUCCUCGUUGCCAGGGGCGACUCGGCGCGGGCCAAGGAGGUGCUGGUCCGUCUGAGGGGCGUGGCCAGCAGGGAGACCGUGGAGGAGGAGCUACGGGGCAUCCAGGCGGGGCUUAAGGAGGAAGCGGAGCACGGCUUCCGAGAGCUGUUCAGCGACAAGGCUAACCUGCGCCGGCGAUUGCUAACGGGCGUGGCUCUAGUGUUCCUGCAGCAGACUACGGGUCAGCCCAACCUCCUCUCGUACGCCUCGCCGCUACUACGCAGCGUGGGUUUCCAUAGCGACGCCGCCGCCAACCUCGCCUCUACGGGCUUCGGCGUAGUGAAAGUGGUGGGGACGGUUCCCGCCGUCCUAUUGGUCGACAGGGUCGGGCCCAAGAGCUUCCUGUGUGUCGGUGCGGUCGCCAUGGCGAUGUCGCUGGUGACACUAGGGGCGGUGACCUUGCAGAGCCACACCCAUCUCACCAGCCUAUGCCAGAGCCCUGUGGGGCUGAACCACACCUACCAGGGGCAGGACUUAAACACUCCUUCCUCCGAAUUGGACUAUAGCUCUUUUAAAUUAAUCACGCCCCCUCCUGGUGAGAGCCAAUGGAAUGGCAGUGACUCUGCGGAGGCUCUGGGGACUAAGAGAGAGGAUGCUGGGAUGGGGUCAGGGGUUAGGGGUCGGGGUCAUGUGAAGUGGAUCUCACUUGUCAGCCUCCUGGUGUAUGUAGCUGCUUUCUCCUUCAGCCUCGGACCAAUGGUGUAUGUGGUGCUGAGUGAGAUCUUCCCUACAGGGGUCAGAGGUAAAGCCGUGUCUGUCGUGUCGGCUGUCAACUGGGCCACCAACCUCCUCAUGUCCAUGACCUUCCUCUCUGCAACAGAGAGGAUUGGUGUUCCCAACGUGAUGUUCCUGUACGCCACCAUAAGCUUCAUCCUGCUGGUCUUCGUCAUCCUCUUCAUCCCAGAGACUCAGGGACGCACACUGGAACAGAUCUCUAAAGAACUGGCCAAGAAAAAGCAGCUGAAGGUGAGGUUCUGGCGUCGAGUGCAACCCCAGGAGACUCUGUUCACCAUUCACAGGACCCCUGAACUCGCAACUCUGAACCCUCACCCUCUCACCUAGCUGUCCACAGCAGAGGGACGAAGAUCUGGGAGGAGAGAGGAAAUGCGAGAAAUGGAGAGGAGGAGAGAGGUAGAAGAGGGAUGAUAGAAGGAGAACAACCAUAUGACUAUGAGAUCACUUUCUUCUCCCUCCCUCGCUCCCUUCCUCCUUCCCUCCUAUUGAGAGAGCAACCCUGAGGCUCCGAUGGAACUCUGAGGCUCAGAUGGAACCCUGAGGCUCAGAUGGAACCCUGAGGCUCAGAUGGAACCCUGAGAUCUGUCUGUCCUCUGGAUUGCUGACCUGUCUGUCUGUUUCUACCUGUUUGUAACACUUUCUACUGUUUUCAAACAGAAUACACAUAGAUUUUAUCUUGGGGGGGGGGGGGGGGAUAAGCAAUUUUCUGUAUGACCCCAAAUGUAUUCAAACAGGGACUGUUUCAAGUUAGGGAUGUGUUAAACAAUAGACGUGUUAAUGAAUUUACCGUGGGGGGAAAACACCUCCAUUCAUCCCAGUUUGAUAUUGGGACACAUGGUCUCGAGCUGGGUCAAAAUGUGUCAAAUGAUAUACCAUGUAUUUGACCCACUACCACUUUCACACACCUUUACAAGGAAGAAGGUAACAAAAUGUAUCAAAUAAGGGGUUUUGUCUCUGUGUAAAUGGGGUUUAAAGGUGCUGUUUCCACUGGUAUUCAGACCCCUUGACUUGUUCCACAUUUUGUUAGGUUACAGCCUUAUUCUGAAAUUGAUUAAAUUGUUUUUAGCCCUC